AGGAACAGAGGGAAAGACCCAAUAAGCAGCCUGCUUAGCAGAGGAGAACAAGGAAAGUACGGAGGCAAGAGGGGGAAAGAAAGAGAAGAAAGAAAAGUGGCGGAGAAAAUCUGUGAGAGUAAAGUGACAGCUUUUCAUCAAACGAGGGCAGGAACCAGCAACAGGACCAUGAAAGCUGGGCUUGCAUACUGCUCUCUGAUUGUCCUUUUUCUGAUCGCGGACGUCUCAGGCCAGCGAAAGCCAAAGCCUGUCCGCCCACCUACCACCAAGAAACCUCCUGCCCCUAAGAAACCUUCACCCCCUGACCCAAAACCAACCCUUGAACCCCGGGAACCCACAGACUUCCCCCCUCCGAUCCUAGGUCCUCCUUCUAUAUUCCCAGAUUGCCCUAGAGAGUGUUUUUGCCCCCCAUCGUACCCAAAUGCCUUGUACUGUGAAAACCGCAACCUCCGGAAGAUCCCGAUCAUCCCAUCCCGCAUACAUUAUCUUUACCUACAGAACAACUACAUUGAUCAAAUGUCUGCAGACUCCUUUAACAACUGCACUGAGCUUAUGUGGAUAAACCUGGGAAACAACCGAGUUCGUUCGGUGGAAAAACAAGUAUUUGAGAAGCUGCCAAAUCUACUUUACCUCUAUAUGGAGAGGAACCAGCUUAAGGAGGUGCCCAAUGACCUUCCAGUUGGUCUGGAGCAGCUUAGACUCAGCCACAAUCAAAUCUCAAAGAUCCCUCCUGGAGCAUUUUACAAGAUGGAACAUCUUGUACUCCUGGAUCUGCAUCACAACAGGAUUAGUGACAGUGGCUUGAGCAAGAACAUCUUCAAAGAUCUGAAGAACUUGGUUCAGCUCAACCUGGCCCAUAAUAUCCUCAGGAAGAUGCCCACUAAUGUACCAAAUAAUAUCUUCCAACUUUUCUUGGACAGAAAUAACAUUGAGGAGAUUCCAAAGAACUACUUUAAGGACUUUGCCAACCUAGCCUUUGUGAGACUUAACUACAACCAGCUUAGUGACAAGGGCCUUCCAAAGAUGGUGUUCAAUGUGAGCUCACUGAUGGAUUUGCAUUUGGCGCAUAACAAGCUGAGCACUGUUCCAGUAUUCAGCUCCGAGCUGGAGCAACUUCACCUCAAUAACAAUAACAUUGAGAGUGUAAAUGGCACAGAGAUCUGCCCCUCAAAUUCUCACAGCCUGCAUGAUGAGGACAGUGCACCCAAACUGAGAUACCUGCGGCUGGAUGGUAAUCAUCUGAGUCCUCCUGUCCCCCUGGAUGUCAUCAUGUGUUUCAGGCACCUUCAUGCCAUAGUAAUAUAGAAGAUGUUAUGAGUCAUGAACAGAUACAUGCCUGUGUAGCAUCAGGCCUUCCUGUCUACUUGACAGUACUGAUUGAAUCAAACAGUACAAAAGAAAACAAGUAAGGAAUUGAGAAUGGCAAUGCAUUGUUUCCUUUAUGUUUAGAUAUGUUUUAAUGUGUAAUCUAAGAACAUUCAAUGCACCAUAUUUAUUGAACUUCCUGCCUUGAAUACAAUUGAGCAUGAGUAUUCUGCAUUAAGUGUUUAUCUAUAUACAGAUGCAGCAGCAAUGACUAUAAGCAGAGUUAAAUAAAUCCUAAAAAUAAAGGUACAUUAAUUGACGUACUGUGCUACAGACGAGUCUAGUUACAACUAACAAAUAAUCAGUAAAAAAUGUGUAUUGGUCUAUAGGGGUAAGAAAACAAAGAGGACUAUAAAGAAAACUCUACACUGUAAAAAAAAUUGUCAAGUAACGUAAUAUGUUUCUUGAGGUAACCGACAUGGACAUAACUGUUUUUUUACAGUGUAGAUGGACACGUCAUGGAAUAGUAGGGAAUGAUAAAAGGGGGAAUAAUGUAACUACUGUGUAGUUGAAAAUGUCCUUAAUGUGCCUGUGUUUUUAAGGUACCGUGUUUAGUCCUGCCUUUUUCUUGUGUGAAUAUUUCUGUAUAAAUAAAUGUUCUCUUCCAUGUUAUACACAAUGAGAAUGUAUUAACCUUCUGUCUUGUGCAGUAUGUUCUCUAUAAUAGCAUUCAAUUAAAAAAAAAAAAUUUUAAAAAAAAGAACAUAUAAGCUACUCUUAAAAUUAAAUUAAAUAUUCCGGGUUCAGUCUAAGUUAAGCUCAAUCGACAACAUUUGUAGCAUAAUACUGAUUACCAAAAAAAACAAAACAAUAUAAUAUAAAUAUAAAUCGGAACCUAUUGUUAUAACUUUAUGAUCAGGCAUGAGACAGAUGUUCUUGAAUAAAAAGUUUAAUAAAAAAAUG